UCUCUAAUCUCCUGCUGCCCCGCAGUCUCACUUUCGGCCGCGUCACCCUCGUACUCUGUCAGAGCGACCCAUUAGAACGAGAUGGUCCGUUCGUCUGCGAUUAAAAAUCCGAAGGGAGCCACCAGAGGCGAUGACGGAUCUCGCGUAUCCGCCCUAAUCGCCGAGACGAAACGAGACGACGACUCCUGGGGUCUGCUCCCGAGCGAUCCGCGACGCAAGAGUUUGGGACGAUCUGUUUCUACGGCGUGGUUCCUUCUCUUCCUCCUCCUCCCUCCCGUCCCCGGCGUGGAUCUUCGUGGCCUUCGCGACUCGACGGACACCGCCGAGUUGCCAGCAGUCCCUCUCGCUUCCUCUCACGUCUCUCCGGCGCGUGUCGCCGCGCCCGGACCUCGCGCCUCGUUUCGCCGAUACUCUCCGCACGCGUUUCCCCACGACGCGACGAACAUUUACAUGGCUCCCCCGUAGCGAGCGGCGCGCCUGAUAGAAACGACAACGACAACGACGAGGGGGUCAGCCAUUCGCGAGUAUCCACGGCCUACGAGUCUUUGAUAGGGCCACCGAUACCCCGUUACCGCGAGGUGUAUGUCGAUACUCCACUCUCGAUACAGCGGCACUACUCUGCAGAUGGGUUAGAUUAAUCGGUAUACUCGAUGAAAGCUACUGUAUUCCGACUGUGAUUGUAUUCCGAUACUUAAAAGUAUCGAUAUUUCCUUCUGGACAUUUCUGACAUCGAUACUCGUUCGUGCAGAGAUCGUAUCGAUACUUCAGUAUGUAUGCAUAAGGCGCGUACAUAACUCUUUCUGUUCCCUGUAAGGAUUUUGAUGUAAUGUUCUCUGUAUCUCCUUUCUUAUUUUUUUAUUUGAAUAGAAUACACUGACAGAUUUACAUAACUUGCGUUCACAUUCUGCAAAACAGAAAUCUGCCAAUAUAAUGUGACAGUAGAUUGCCGACAAAAAUCGAAUACGUCAAGUAACUGUAUAAAUAGAAUAACCCUAUUCAUAGUUAAUAAAUAAGGUUAUAAUAAGAAUUGCUGUUGAUAAAAAUUUUAAUAGACAUUCUGCACACAAAAUUUGUUUUAGACAGAUUUGGCAAGUGUUGUUAUCAGCAAGGUAUCCUCUCCCACGUAAUUAUUAUAUGGCAUCAAUAGCUAUAUAAUGUGCUCUUAUUGAAAUUGUAUCAGUUUUAUAUUUUGUAAACGCGGAUCAUCUUGCUGUAACAGAAUCUUCAAAAUAAACUUUCAAAAUAAA